GGAAAUUAAUGGACAAAUAAUUCAACGCUGAAUGAUCCUUCAUAUAAAAAAUAUGUAUAAAGCAACACAUUUAAUAAUGAACAAAUAUAUUGUAAAAUAAGGAAGAUAUUUUGCUAAGGAGUUGGAGUUAAAACAAUUAUGAAUGCAAUUAAAGCAUACACGAUGCUAUUGUAGCAUUCAUUUGAGUUUAAUAACACAUUGUGUCAGUUGUAUAUUUUGUUUGGCAAAGAUUUGGAAUAAAUCACGUUAAGAGAUGCGAAAAUUAGUGUGAAAUAUUCUUAAACAAAAAACACGGAGCUUGUUAAAGGGAAACUACUCUGAUUUGAUCAAAUUGGCUCACAUGAUGGAAGCACGUCUUCUUUUAUGUUGUUUGGUUCUCGGUGGAUUAGUGGGGACGAUGGAACAAGCGCUGCUACAGAUAAAUGAGCGACAAGAUAAAACACCGGAAAGAACAUCAGAUCAAAAAUGGCUUUCUUCCACGAAAGAAGAUGAAACCUCUGUAGGCUUGUCAAAGGAUAUGUUGCCAUUGAAAACAUAUACAAAGUUGAUUGGAACAAAAAAUCCAAAAAGUACCUUGGAUAAAGCAGAAAAACGUGUUAUCAGAAGUAACUACCUUGCUUUUAACAACUCUACAGGGAAUAAGAAAUGUGAAAUGGAAAUGAGUCGAUUUUCAUUGGACUAUUUUAUGUAUAGUAUACAGAGAUACGAAUCCAAUUACGUCUUUUUGGGACUCCGGCAAGCCAAUAGUAGUUCUGGUAUUACAAUAAGAAGCAAACCGGAUGUCAUUAACGGGGACAUCUGGAUCUGGACUUUCUGGGGUAAGGACGGGGCCCAGGAGUUCCUAAGAUGGCCCAUCGAGUUUGGAAUAUGGUCGAUGGGUAUAUUGUAUCAGUCCGUUCUGAGACAUCCUAAAGUGCUAUCGGUUACUUUGAAACGAGUAAGUGGUGAUUGCUCCAACUUGACGGUUGGAAAUAAAGAUGAUGAUCUGGCGAUUAGUAACGCGCUGAAUGGGAUCACUCUUGCGCUGAUGAGCAAUUUGUCGGAUGGGGAAAAGUACGGACCAAGCUACUAUUGUUACACAAGAAAACGAAACAUUACGGAGUACAUGAAAGUGAUAUGUGAAAACAUUGUAUGUCCGUUCGAAGGUAUUGAACAAGUUUGCUGUGAUUACAGAUUCAAUAAAACAAAAAUGAAACGUAAUGUUAUCUGUCCAGAAUAUGAAUUCAUGUAUGAUACUAUUUCGUGGAUGGUGCCCAUAAUGUUAGCCAUUGUUCUUUUUGUUUACUUCCCAAUACUUUUAUUUUUUGUCGCGUACAAAAUAUUUGAUGAUCCUCGCUCGACAUAUGUGCCGCCCAGCCUUACAGUACAAAGUUUCAAAGGAUCCGACGACGGAUGCCAGGAAGAAGAACUGGACGGAUGUCACACGUCAAAGAUGUAUUUACUAGAGGGAUAUAAACAUGUCAGUUUUUUCCAAACACUAUUUAUGCCCCUCACUUCUCUUAAGGGAGCCACUGUUACGUUGCAAACACGUUUAUUAUGUUUGGUUGUUGGCAGAUUAACAAGAGUCUCAUUUCCCAUUGUAACCCUUAGUAUAAUUGGCCUUCAGGCAUACGUUGAUUCGUCAAAUUUGCAAAGUUUUAUUAGGACGAGCGUGAAAUUGGGCGUUCCAUAUGGGCUGCGGUCAAUAAUCACGGGCUACGAAAUGAGUAGAACAAAUUUCCUACCCUUCCUUGGUGGUCCUUUUGUAGCCCUGUUUUGCUAUGUUGUAAUCACCUCAGUUCUGCUUAUGAUUCCAAAGUCUAUACCUAAGUUUCUCGCCAAAGGUUUAAGGCCAAAAAUAUAUGGCGCAUGCGCAAAUGUUAGUGAGACAGAAUUAUCUCCCAUGAGUGAAAGUUUGAAAAACAUCAAACGUUUUGGAUCACUUAGGUCAACAGACAAUUCAACGGGAUAUUUGCUGUUGUAUCGUUUUACAGUUUCACAGGUCCUUAUGGUGUUGAAUUUUAGUUUCUGGAAAACUUCCAUUGCUAUUCAGCAUGCUAGGUUGCAGAGAAUUUACAAUAGAAGCGGCUUUUGCUGUACUGUAAUUUUCUUUCCCCUUUACUUUGUCAUUUGUGCGGUAGAAUUGGUUAUGACGUUUAUUAUUUACGGUCUCCCAAUAAUAUCUUUCGGACGUCUUGUAAUAACAAGCUAUUGUUCUGCUUUACCUCUGCCCAAAAGAAACCCGAUAUACCUGAUUCUUGCGCACUUCAUAAAACUGUUCACGUUCAUAGCAGUUCUUUUCUUUCUAUAUAUGUUGUGCGCGGUCUUCCUAGAAACCAUUUUAUUCAUCACAAGAAUUUGCGUAUUUUCCUACACAGCAAUGAUUUUUAUACCUAAGGUUACCUAUGGAUACCUUAUUUUCUAUUUCACUGUCCUCUUCUACCUCUGGGAAGCCAUAAACGACUACUCCCUCUGUUACGACCGACUGUUUCACGACUCCAUAAAGGCCGCAAUGUACGUUCAGAGAACACGGCGAUCUAGGGGAGAUGGAUUGCUGUGCAAGGUAAGAAAGCGGCGUGGAAUCAGACAAAGCAUUUUUGAAAUAAUCAUUGAAGAACACAACCCUCGUAGAAGACAGAUGACAAGUACUUGUCUCAAACUUGCGAUCAUCAUCUUGCUGAUGUCGGUGGCGAUUGAACUAUUGAUAAAGGCAGACAAAUUUAAGGACUUACACACGAUCAUGCACGUAGGUACAGCCAUCAUUGUGUGCGCCAUGCCGCAAAUAUUGAAACGGAUGUGUCACCAACGGGAGAGCAAACUGCUGCGGAUACAGUUCAGGCAAACACUUGCGGACACCAUUCUGUCACAUCUCGAAUAUGUUGUUCACAACGAGGAAACAUCAGGCGACAGUGAGGAAAGCUGUUCUGAUUGAUAUCAGCACCUGCACACUGCUUACAUUUGCUUAGUUUUCAGUGAACAUGCCAAUGAGGCUAUCCCAGAAUAUAUACCAAUGAAUAUAUCUUGAAUAUGUUUAGAUGUUUGCUGUCUUGUAACCUUGUGCCUCUUGUUUGCGGUGUGCUUGCCCUAGUAUUUGCGUGCAACUUUAGACAGGAACUUGUUACUGAGCUAAUUCCUGAAAUGUCAAUAUUUAAAUUGACAUGGCAAUGAGAUAUCAUUUGGAGACAGUGUAUGAAAUUGUUGCGAUAAAGACAAGCACCUGUUUACAAAUUCGACUAAACGUGGAAACAUCGAGACCAGUAUAUAAAUUAAGGUAGAGUUCUUAUUAUAUGUUUUACGUUGCACGACAAAUUGUGAUUGGCAGUGUAUCAGAAACGAAUAUUUCAAUUGAUGACCAAGACUUAAGUUCUAAAGGCCAAAAACUAAAUACCAACUUAGCCCUCAAUAUUAUUGUCUUCACUGCUAAAAAUACACGCUACCAUAAACACACCAAUUUUUUUUUAUAUAGUAACUGUGUACUGUGUUGUUUGUCGAGAUAUGUGCUGUUGUUCCAUGUUUCUGGUUUUUGAUUGUUUGUGUUUGUGUUUUUUUUUUGCCUUUGACGUUUAUCCUGUGCCAUUAAACGGGGUUUAUGUUUAAACUUUGAGCUACUGAGCUUGUUCCUGUACUUGCUACACAUUGUUAAUUCACUUUUAAGAUUAUAUAAUUAUUCCUUU